AUGACCGACGAGUGUGAAAUGAAUUCGUCCAAGCUCAACGAUAGAGUGGGAAGGCGUAACGACCGAAAACGAGAUGCCCAACAAGCGAAUCUUCCUGAACGUUCUCCAUCUCUUCGCACCGAAACCCGCCAGCAACGAAGUCAUCCAUAUCUUCCUCCUCGUAACGGAACUCAUCGUCAACGUCCAAUGAUUCGUCCAUCUUCCGUUGUCUCCAUGUCAGGCCGUUCCAUCGCACCCUCUGAUUGCAGUGAAAAUGAAGACCGUCAUUUUGAUGUUGACGAAGAAAUGGAAGGGAUGUCUCUGGAUUCACCUCUUCCAGUCGUCGAACUUCCACCUCGUCCUUUCCCAGACAAACCUUAUUACUGGAUGAACGAUUACAAAACAUUAGAAUUCAUCCGAACAGAAUUUUCAUCAGAAUCAUACUACGUGAUGCACAACGGAAAAAUCGUUGAAGAUUUCCAAGCGUUUAUUAAUGAAUACAUCGGAGAUGGACUCGUCAAAUACUCGUUUCAUUUAAGAAUACGAGGUGGCAAAGGAGGGUUUGGAUCAUUGCUUCGUUCAUUCAGAGUCAACAAAAGUACAAAUAAACUGAUGAUGAGAGAUCUGAACGGGCGAAGAAUGGCAUCUGUAGAUGAGGAAGCAAAGCUGAAACGAUAUCUUGAAAAGCAGUCUCGAAAAGAGCAGGAGCUGAAGGAGAAACGUAAAGCGAAACUUGCCAAACUCACUGCAGGACCUGCUAAACAUCAAUUCGAGGACCAAGAAUAUCUGUCUCGUCGUGAAGAAAUCAUCGAAAAAACAGAAGAUGCUUGUGAAGCUGGAUUUGCUUUGAUGAAAGAAAUGCGACGAAAAUCUAGAAUGUCAAGAGAGCAAGAAGUUAACAAGAAAGCAGAUGAGGAAGAGGAUGAAAACGCAGAAGAUGUAGCAGAUUUGUUCAAUGACAGAGGUGGAAGAAAACGGAAAAUUGCCGCGCCAACUAUUGGAGAAGACGGUGACAAAAAGAGGAUCGAAGAUGAAAGUGAUGAUGGCGAUGAUAGUGAGAAUGAUUCUGAGAACGAACCGGAUCCAGAAGAGUUGGAAGCAAUUCGGAAAUAUUUCGAAGAAAAGAAUAAGAGCGAGAAAGAUGACGGAGAAGGAACUAGUUCAUCAUUCAAGCCAAUUGAAGAAGAGGACCAAGAACUUGAGCUUGUUAAACGUCCACGACUUGAUAGCGCCUCAAAUGUUGACGAUUUACCAAAAAUAGAUGAAAAAACUCCAUGUGAAUAUGGUACAAUUGAUCUUGCUGAUUUCACUAGCGCGGAAGAUCUUGAGCUUCUUGGGUUAGAACAUCUGAAGAGUGCGCUCACCGAUCGUGGACUCAAGUGUGGUGGAUCACUAUCUGAACGUGCUGUUCGUUUGUGGUCUGUCAAAGGAAAAGAGAUUCGAGAAUGGCCAAAGAGCAUCUUGACACCGAAAAUGAAGAAAAAGAUAGCCGAAGAGGAAGAUGCUGAGAGGAAAGCAGCAAAAAAGAAAUCAAAGAAAAACAAAUAA